AUAUGACAUUUUAUAUCCUUUUUAGGUUAUCGGAAAGAAAAUGAAUACAACUCAAGACAACAUCUACUUUUAUAUCCAGAAUGAUUCAUUGGCAAAUGAGACAUUGGACGCAAAUCAAAAACAAGGAAAAACUGACAUCGAAAAAAAGCUGAGAAUAUUCAUAUUACUAUUAAUCGCAAUUUCAUGUCUUGGAAUAAUCGGAAAUUCCAUAACGAUUUUAGCUUUGAGAAAAUCAAAAAAACUUCGAAGCCCAACUACUGCAUUUAUCAUCAACUUAUGCACUGCAGAUAUGCUAUUUUGCGUGAGUACUCUUACAACUUAUACGAUGCUAGAGUGGGGUCACAACUAUUAUUUUUGCAUUUGGAGUACAUGGGCAAGGUAUUUCUUUGGUGGAGAAUCAGUGUAUGUGAUGAUUGCAAUUACCGUCAAUAGGUAUAUCUGCGUUGUAUACCCUAAGUAUUAUCGUUUAAUAUACAAACCCAACUACCUAGCUAUUCAUAUAGCUCUGACUUGGCUUUAUGCUUUAUUGUUAGCUUUUCUACCAUUCUUUAAAGUGUGGGGUAAAUAUGCUUAUGACCCGAAUAGCGGGAUCUGCACCAUUAUGGUCCAUAAUGGAAAAUCAGCCAAAACUUUCUUUUACAUUACAGCCUUCGCUUUUCCAACAACUGCUUUUGCUAUCUGUUACCCUAGAAUUUUCUGGCGAACUUAUAAAGCAUCUAAGGAGGCGAAAAAAUACAGCGCUACGGUAACUCCAGCAGUUUUAAAUGCCACAGUGUCUUCUCCAGAAUACAGGGCUGAUGAUAAGGAAAUGAAAAUCUUGAGAGUGAUGCUAGUGAUUGUUGUUGCUUACAUGAUUUGCUAUUUCCCCCUUGCGUCUACUAAAUUGUUUAACCUGGAAGGAAAAAUACCAGCAAUUCAUAUCGUAGGCUAUUUUGGAGUUAACUUUUCGAAUGUCAUCAAUCCCAUAAUAUAUGUAGCGAUGAGUGCUGAAUAUAGAAAAGCAUAUUUGGAACUUUUCCGAUGCAAACAGAUUUGGCUUCAAAUUUCAAACACUUCAAACUCAGAGUUGAUCAGCGCAUGAUCUCAGAUCUGUGGAAGGAAAGACAGAACAAAAAAUUAUCGAAAGCCCUGUCUUUGUUUAAUCUAGCUUUUGCGUUUUGAGCAACCAACUUCUUUAUUUGCUGCUUAUUAUUUAUUUAUUUGCUUUAUUUACUCAAAUACUUAAGAGCACCUAAACAAGUGAAGAAGUACAAUAUUUAAGUAAAUCCAGUGGUUUUAAAAGCAACUGUGUAAACUGCAGAAUAUAGAGCUAACGAUUUUAGUAAUGAAAAUUUUAAAAGUGAUGUUUGUAAUCGUUGAUAUGCGAAUUUUCAAAUGUAUUUACAAAACUAUUUUACAUUGAAGCAAUUUAGGCUAUUUGGGAAUCAGUAUAUCAAAUGUGAUUAUUUCUAAUACAUAUUGCGAUUAGCACUCAAUAUCGUAAAGUAUAUUCAAAACUUUUUCACUGCAUUUAAACUUUUCAUCAAGUGUCAAGCCCUUUGAACGCAGAGAUCAGAAGCAAAUGAUAUGCUUAUGAUCAUAAUUUAGAGCAAAAUGAAAAAUUCGCAUGUAUUUUUUUAUUUUUGAAAUACAUCUUUUGAUUUCCAUUCAUUGACUUUUUUACUUUCUAAGAAUUUUCUGAAUCACUUUCAGAUUGUCUAAAAGUGCAAAGUUUCAUUAAUUCUAACUCUCAGAGCAACAGUGUCUUCUUAGGAAUAUACGGCCAAUGAUAAAUCAAUAAAUAUCUUAAAAGUGCUGUUGUUGAUUGCUGUUUCGCAUAAUUUACUAAACUAAUGACAUAGAAUCCAAAAUAUCUCUUAUAGGUAAUAUGAGAAUCAAGAUGGCAAAUGUGAUCAAUUCCAAUAUGUGUAUCAUGAUGAAUGCAGAAUAUCCUAAAGCAUGCUCAAGAUCUUUCCCAAUGUAAACAAAUUAGGAUUCAGUUUUCAACCUCUUCAGAGUAGACUACCGUAUGCUCUGCAAAUGAUCCUGGCGCAUUAACGAAAUAUCAACAAAAAUCUUUUUUUUUAAUGCAGUUUUUGUAUUUCUAGCAAUCGGCUUUACUCCUUGGUAUCGAAGAACGCUUUGGGUAACUUUCAAAGCAUCUAGGCGAGUGAAGAAAUACAGAUUUUCCGCAAUUUAAGUGUUUCUAAAUGCAACAAGUAUCUCAGCUAGACUGGAGGCCUUAUGAAACGGAAAUAAAUAUGUCAAAAAUGGUGUUUAGUGGUAGUUGCUGCGUUCACUACAUAUGCUCUAUAACCUAGUUUCAUUUACCAAACUCUUUGGCAAAAAAGCAAAAAUAUUGUCGCUACUUUUAGGAACUACUUGGGAAUCAAUAUUUCAAAUGCAAACCACCCCUAUAUGUGCUGCAAUGAGUGCGUGCUGAAUAUCGUAGGGCACAUUCAGAACUUAAAGGAAAUUUGACUCUAGUUGUAAAACUCUUCAAAUUAAUAGUUGAUCAAUGCCAGAAGUUGGCUUAAGACAAGUUUCAAAUAUUAUUUUACAGCACGCUUAUUAAUGUCAAAUAAAACUGAAGGCAAAUUUAUUUAUCUUGAAAAAUAUUUAGCAAUAUAUAAAAACGUUUGGUGAACUUUCAGAUUUGAUACUGGCAUAUAUAUUCUUACUUCUUUAUAUUUGACAUGUAUAUGAAUAUAUGCUUACUUCUACCUUAUUUAUACAGCUACAAAUGUACCUUAUUUUUUACUCUGUUACCAUUAAUGCUGUACAAAUUAUUAAUUCAAUGUAAUAUUAUGGUUUUAAUCGUUCUUUGAUAUUAAUAAAUGUAGCUAAGGUAAAUACACCUUCUUUAAAUAUUACAAAACUCUGACCUCUCUCGUGGAUUUUCUAACUAUCAAAAUUCGCUUUGUGUUUUUAUUGUACGUUGAACGUUUGCAAAAGCAGACAUCGAGUGAAA